UACUUUCCUACGUUGUUCGUUUUCGUAUUUUAAUUCCACAUUUUUAUUUGAAGAUUAGUUUAUUUUCUUCUCAUUUAUCCAUCAUCCACGUAAACGUUGACUGCCGGUGCCGUAAAAGUGACGACUUGAUGAAACAACACAACUAAAUUGAUGAAAUUAAGUAGAUCUCAAGACUAAAUAUGGCGAGCCCUCGAACACGGAGAGUGCUAAAAGAUUUGCGUCUAAAAAAUGGAAAUAACAGCUGUUUUGAAUGUGGAACACAUAAUCCUCAGUGGGCAAGUGUCAGCUAUGGAGUAUGGAUUUGUUUAGAAUGCUCUGGGAAACACAGAAGUCUUGGAGUCCAUCUAAGUUUUGUCCGGUCGAUCACAAUGGAUAAAUGGAAGGACAGUGAAUUAGAGAAGAUGAAAGCAGGAGGAAACAACACAGCGAGAGAGUUCAUCAAAGGUCAGCCGGACUAUGAUCCUAACUGGUCAUUUCAAGAGAAAUAUAACAGUAAAGCUGCAGCACUCUUCAGAGAUAAGGUUCUGACUGAAGCGAAUGGGGAGAGCUGGUCAGAGGAAACAUCCAAAGCACGCAAUCACAUUCCAUACACAGCUAAGAAGACCAGCCUCAGCACAUCAUCUACUUCUAUACACCACUCAAAUAGUUCACCUAACUUCGGUGGAGGAGGAGGAGGAGGGGGGUUUAACUCCGGUGGUGCCAUGGUGUCGGGUGGUGGAGGAUCCGAUGAUUGGGAUAUGCAAUAUGGGAUGUCAAAAUCAGAGAUAAACAAACAGAAGAUGGAUUUCUUUGAUAGAAAGAAAGCAGAGAAUGCAAGUCGUCCUGAUAAUUUACCACCCAGCCAGGGAGGUAAGUACGCAGGAUUCGGAAGUUCACCGAUGCCACCUCCUGAAUCAUCCUCAGAUCCUAUGGCUUCAUUAUCAUCAGGUUGGGCUUCAUUUACAGUUGGUGCGUCUAAGCUUUUAACAGCAACAAAAGAAGGGGCUGUAAAAUUUGGCUCAGCAGCAUCACAGAAAACCCAGGAGUAUGCUGCUAAGAUGAAUGAAACAGUCAUUAAACCAACCAAAGAGAAAGUCAAUGAAGGGACAUUAUUCACUGAUAUAUCAACAGGAACUAAGAGUAUUGCAUCAAAGGUUGCUGUUAAUACACAAAAAGGCUGGAGUGAUUUUACAAAGAUGUUUAGCGAUAAUCCCUCGCUUGACGAUGAAAAGACAAAAGCAUCGACGGACACACCUCUGAUGGGAGACCCUGUAGCAAAGGCACAGAGAGAAAAGCUCAGAAACAUGGACCCGAACAAGAGUGACACGCCUUUACUGCAUGAUAUACCAACACCACCUAGGACUCCAGACGGUGACGGAGAUGAUUGGGGGUGGGGCGUUGAUGAUGGAUGGAGGGAUCGGCAAGUGGAGGAGGAGGCGGAGAGAGUACUGGAGGAGACGGCCGAUGACGGAUGGGGAUCAUGGGGGAACGAGCAGUCAGGAGGAGGAUCACUUAUCGACUUUGGAGAUGAUGACACCACGCCAAAGGUGAACUCUUCAAAACCAAAGUCCUCCUCCAAGAAAUCGACAUCAAGCAAGUCAUCGUCAAGUAAAAAAUCUUCAUCGUCGACGAAGGCUGCGGAAGUUAAUAGCGGUAAACCCAUCUCGUCACUAGAAGAGACGUGGGACGAUGCUGGGGGGUGGGACGAUGCUGCCUGGGAGGAGUUAGAAACCACGUCAAGGGCUAAGAAAGACUGAGAACAGGGAGAGCUGUUUACACAAACAGUAUGGAUUGAUCAUAGAGUUGAUGUUUGUGCUGGAUUGCACUUAAUGAUCAAUGCAAUCAAUCGUCAAAAUCAGUCCUAUGAACAAUCACUAUGCUUUGUGAUACAGGGAUAUGGGGACAGGUUUCACGAUAAUUGUCAGCACUGACUGGUUGUCAUUUGAUAGUUGUCAUAGUUAGUCAGACACCUGUGUUUCUCAGCCAAUCAAAGCCAAGACAAGUUGUCAUAUUUGACUAUUUGUUUGAUGACAGUUGUUGGUGAAACACGUCCCAGGUGGGUGUUUCAUAGAGCUGUUCGUUAGUUACGAACGACUGUACGAAUGGCCGGUGAUCCUUUCUUUAGUACAAAAUCAACAUCAAUGAAGAAAUGGUGUAUUAUCAUUUACCACAACAAAGGUUCACAACUUGCGAGUCAUUUGUAAAGUCACUCGUAGCAUACCAACAGCUUUAUAUAUAUAUGAAAUGCCUACCUGGUCCCGUUUCGUAAAGCUUUUCAUAAGUUAAGAACGACUGGUGAUUCUUGAGCACAAAAUCAACAUCAAUGAGAAUUUGGUGUUUAUCAUUUACCACAAAGGAUCACCAGUCGUUCUGAAAGUCGCUAUUAACUUACGAACAGCUUUAUGAAACACCUGCCAGGACCUCUUACUGCAAUGAGUCAUGAUUGAUUCAAUAGCAAAACCAUUAUGAGCUGAAACCGAUACCUUUGGGAGUGUUUAUUAUUGAAACAGGAGUCACCUUUCUAAAUUGUAUGGAAUAUAAAAAUUUGAUUAACUUUAGGUCUUGCCAACAAAAAAAACCAACUUAUCCAACGUUUGUCAUUUUUCAUCAACAUUGUGAAAAAUUUUGUGGAUGUAGAUGACCUUUAAUUUGCAAACCUUGGAUAAAUUAAGCCUUUCUGUUAAAGAAAUUUUUAAAGGACACUUUGUCUCCUAUUAAUUCUAAGGAUUUUGACUGACCAAAUCUUCUAAUUCAUAUUAUGGAAACUUUAUGAAAUGUGCAUGUUCAUGUUGCUGUCCAAAUUCAUUUUUUUCACGUCUCUGCACUAAGAUCUCUUACAUUUAUCUGUCUCAUAAGAAUUUGCAUCG